UAAGCAUCGGUAUAGUGGAGGUAUAUUGUUACUUAUAAAAAUUGUGUAAGGAUCCUAUCAUCAAACACCAAAGUAACUUCCACAAUGUGUGAUGAAUUUGCUUGUGAACUAGACGUUAUUACUAAAACUACGCUGCAAGUGUAUUUUUUGCGAAAUGUAAAAAAUACUGAGGAAAUCAAAAACAACAUUAUUGCAGGUACAUGGAAGUGUGCUGUUAUAAAAGCAAAUUUGAUAUUAGAUCCGUUCCUAAUAGCGGUGGCUGCAAACCGGGCAGUGGUUUCUGAAAAACUAAAUACACUGGUAACUAGAACGGUAUAUACUGAGAUUCUAUAUAAUUUGUCUCUUACUAAGAAUAUAACACAAAGUUUAUGUAGGUUUGGCAUUGAAAACAAUAGUGAUCUUUUAGUUUGUUUUCUAAAAACAUCAGAUAUGGAUUGUGGUAAAGAAAUAUUGUCAAAGAUUGAUGGCGAUAUUUGUCCAUUGAGUAACCUCAAAGAUGUCGUUGAUAAGAUCAAAAUUAAGAGCUUAUAUAAAUUGAAUGAUUUAAAACAUGAUAUUGACUUGGUAGAUAUUAUUGUAAGUAGAAUGGUAACCAAGACUUUUGUGUCGCAUUAA